UAGCCGAACUAAAUCGCCAAGCCGGACUCAACCUCGGUCUAGCCGAAAUCUUCCACCAAUACUUCAUUGGUUCAAAAGAAGAUGGGUGGGUCUAUUAUUUAAGAAUACGAGGUCGCCGAGAGAAGAUGAUAAAACACACACCGGAUAAAGACUUAAACGACGACGAUUUUUUCUGGGUGUCUGGGAACUUUGAGGAUCAUCAAGCCCAGAUUCCUGGCCAACGUAUAAAUUGGAAAAAAGGAGAACCCGGUAUAUUUACUUCGGUUCUCUUGCUUGCUUUAUGAUAUCUCGGUUUUUCAAUCUUUCAGCCGAACUAACAGUUGUCUUCUUUCGCAGAUUCUGCCCACAUUCAUUCUUUAUACAGCUACCCAAACCUAGCUACUUUGCGCGCCGCACUACAGUAUCCAGAACAUAGUUGGGCCAAAUUGCUAAAGUUCGAGCUGACCUACAGAUACAGUGGUUGCCGAAAAGCCAGAGUGACUGAUUUUCUUCUUGAAGACGCACCAGAGCCGGACCCAACCUUACCACAAAUCAGACUAAUUCCACUAACAGUUGAAAAAGAGACGGCUAAAAAUAACAGAGUAAGGGCGCUUCUAACCGAAACAAACAGGCCCGAAGUACCGCCACCAAGCCAAACGCAGCCUGCCGUUGUGGCCCUCCCUUCUUAACAGCCUUCUUCAUCCCGCCCUUCUAAGCGCGCCCGAUCUACCCCGACCGAACAACAACUUGUGGAUGCGGACGAAUCCAUCCUCCAACCAAGUCCUCAACCCAUUCUUCAACUGGAGCAAUCUGACCGAGCUGACUCCUCAAAAUGGGCUCCAGUUCUCUCCUUUCAAAACCGAAAUAUCGAGGAAAGUGACUCGGUUGUUACUGAGAAGGACCACUUAAUGGCUUUCAACCUAGCCAAGAGUGUUUGCCUUCCAAAAUAUAUAGAGCACCACAACAAGCAACUCAACACCGAACUGAAGGCCAUCCGGUCAUCAACAAAGUCAAUGAUCCUGGCCAUUCAGAAGAACAAUAUUGCACAUAAAAAGGUGCUGGAGCUCCGCAAGACAACAAGGCAUGCCAUGGCAGACGCCGAGGCAAAGACAGCCGAACUUGAGAAUGCCAAGAAGCGGAUAGCCGAGCUACAGUUUGAGAACGGUCGCUUGACCGGACUUGUUAGCUCGGCUGAAGCUGAAAAACAAAAAAUUGCAAUAAAGGUGAAAGAUAAAUAUUUGCGCGAGUUGGCCAAACUCGAAGGCAAAAAAGACGCCGAAAUAGCGGAUCUGAAGAAGAAGAUCAGUGAUACCAAUGCCCAAGGUUUUAAAGAAGCGGAAGGCCUCUACAUUCCGCAAUGCGAGGGGGCGAAAGACUUGUUCUUCAAGUGUGGCUGGAGGAGUGCUGUGGAACAGCUCGGCUGUGGGCUUGAAACCAAGGUCUACAAUGCUCCACAGUACUGCAUUCCAGCCACACUUGCAGAAUAUGCUGCUUCGGUCCAAAAACAAUUUUUGCAGGAUUCAGAUGAUUUAGACGAUGAGAACGAACAAACUGUUAUUCCAGUAGUCAACGCGCAAGUUAACGAUCAAUCAGCUCGGUUGGAGACAACGGUAGAAGACCUGACUGUUGAGCCAUCGACUGAUAUCGUUCUGCCAGUUGCUACUGAGACGGAUGUUCCAUCUGCAACCGGAGUUCUAGUUGACAUUGAUGCCGAAAUUGAAGACCUUUUCUCUUGAUUUUGUACUUUUUCUUUUUUUUGCUACUUCUUUACUCUUGUAAUCAGGCUACGGCCCCUCCUUUGUAUUUUCUUUCUGAUGAAUGAAAAUUUUCAUUAACUCUUACUUCGGUUGAGGUGUAUGUAACCGGGCUACGAUCUUUUAUACUUUCAACUGUUAUCUCGGUUUUUGCUGGUCAAUCUAACUACGCUUACCAGCCAACCACUCCUUAGCCGACAUAAUUACUUCGGCUGAGGAAUACUCAGAGUUGGUUUAUUCCAGCCAACCACUCAUCAGCCAUACCCUUACUUCGGCUGAAGAGUACAAAGAGUUGGUUUAAUCCAGCCACCCACUUUUCAGCCAUACCGUUACUUUGGCUGAAGAGCACUAAGAGUUGGUUUAAUCCAGCCAACCACUCUUCAGCCAUACCCAUACUUCAGCUGAAGAGUAUAAAGAGUUGGUUUAAUCCAGCCAACCAUUCUUCAGCCA